CAAAAAAUGGUUUUUCAUUAAAUAUGAUUUCAUUUGAACUUGAUGAGUUAAGAUAUUUUUCAUUUGAAUGUCUGCUUUUUUAUUAAUUUCUCAUUAUAUUUCUUUCAAUUUAUUUUUUUUUCUUUCAAACAGUGAUAAUAAGUUUUUUUGUACUCUUUGGGAAAAUUUUGCUAUUGAUAUUGAGAUGUGUUCAGUUAUUGAUAAAAGCUUCAAUGAAUCUGUUAUUUUCGUCAUUUAAUUUGCAAAGAUGAAAUCAUGGAGAGGUUUUACUCUUACGUUUUUAAUUAUUAAUUUUAGUAUUUUUUUUAGAUUUUAUUUUCAAAGUUUUAUAUAAUUUUUUUGAUGGUUUAUUUAGGUGUAAUGGAGAUUUUCAACAUCAUCUUCAAUACUAAAAUCUUUAUAAAUAACUAUGAUAUUCCUGAAGUUUUGGCAUUUAAGGAGAGGUAAUGUUAUUGUUUUUAGUAUGUUUUUUUUUUAAAAUUUUUUAUUAUGUAUCAACAUUUUUAUUUUUACUUAAAUUUAAUAUUUGAAAGUUUUUUUUUUUAUUUUUUCAAUGAAUUCUAUUGUUGGAUUUUUUUGUGUAUUAAGGCCUCAAUACAUUAUAUAUGUAUUUUAAUAAUAUUUUAUUAAUUACUUCUUUAUUAAUAUAUUAAUUUUUAUUAA